UAGAAACCAGAAAUAUUAUUACAAAACAAAAACAAGAAAAACAAAACUUGACUUGACUUGCAGUUGAAAUGAAAUGAAAAACAAAAAGAGUUGGAAUUUGCACGUUGGAGUUGUAUAAAUAUAGCCUAGAUUCCAAUCCAUCUCCACUCAGCAAAAAAGCUGACUCUUCCUCAUAACUUUCUUUUUCUUCCAAGAAUAACUAUUUCGUUUUUUUUCCUCUCUCUCUCUCACAAAGAAACAACAAAAAAAAAAAAAAAAGAGAAACCUCUGUUUUCUCUGUUUCCCCUAAUUCUCUUCUUCUCUGUUUUGUAUUAUUAUUAUUUUUUUUGGGAAAUUUGUUCAAUGGAUAUAUGAGUGUAAUUUAAUUCAAGGGCUUAUUCUCUUAUUAGAGAUAAAUCUCAGAGGAUUGGAGCUAUGAUGGCUGUUGAAGAGAACGAAAACAAAGAAAGCAAAGAUCAUCAAGAGAUAGAACUUCAUAGGAACGACUUAGGCCUCGAAGAUUCGAUAUCUCCAAGAGGUGUUCUCGGUAACGCAGCUAUCGUUUCAGAUUCUGACAACAGUAGUUGUAGCUCGUGUUCGCCUGAUGAUAAAUCAUCUGCAACGUCACCGUUUUCAAAUACUCCUAAGAACGUUUCGUCUUCAUAUUACCAUGGUCUUCAAUGGAACAAAAUGAUUGAAUCUAUCAAGAAGAAGUCCAUGAGACGUUUCUCAGUCAUUCCUCUUCUCGCAAGUUAUGAACUUACCCGUAAAAACUUGCGGCGUAAGCAACCUAAGUUCUCUCCCUCUGAUAAUAAUGCGGCCUUCCCUAGCGAAGCCUUCUUCAUGGCUAAACCUUCUUGGAGAAACUUCACUUACGAAGAGCUCGCUGCAGCCACUGACUAUUUCAAUCCUGAGAACAUGAUUGGAAAAGGAGGACAUGCUGAGGUAUACAAAGGGGUUUUGCCUGAUGGUGAGACUGUGGCGAUCAAGAAGCUGAUGAGUCACGCCAAGGAAGAAGAAGAAAGAGUUAGCGAUUUCCUUUCAGAGCUUGGUAUAAUCGCACAUGUAAACCACCCAAACGCAGCUCGCCUUCGCGGUUUCAGCAGUGAUCGCGGUUUGCAUUUUGUGCUUGAGUACGCUCCUUAUGGCAGUCUUGCUUCAUGGCUCUUUGGAUCAGAGGAGUGUCUGGCGUGGAAGAUAAGGUACAAAGUGGCUCUAGGUAUAGCUGAUGGUCUGAGUUAUCUUCACAAUGCUUGUCCAAGACGGAUCAUUCACCGUGACAUCAAAGCUUCUAACAUAUUGCUCAGCCAAGACUACGAAGCUCAGAUUUCAGAUUUCGGACUUGCAAAAUGGCUCCCAGAGAACUGGCCUCAUCAUGUUGUAUUCCCAAUCGAAGGCACAUUCGGGUAUCUAGCUCCAGAGUAUUUUAUGCACGGCAUUGUUGAUGAGAAGAUUGAUGUGUUUGCCUUUGGGGUAUUACUUCUAGAGAUCAUAACUAGUCGCCGAGCUGUCGAUACAGCAAGUAGGCAGAGCAUUGUUGCAUGGGCAAAACCUUUUCUUGAGAAGAACAGCAUGGAGGACAUUGUGGAUCCUAGGCUAGGAAAUGAGUUUGAUCCAACAGAGAUGCAACGAGUGAUGCUAACAGCUUCCAUGUGCAUACAUCAUAUAGCCGCUAUGCGACCUGACAUGACUCGGUUAGUGCAGCUGUUGCGUGGAGAAGACGGGCCAGCUGAGCUGCAGCACAAGGCAGGUGAAAGAACAGUNNGUGUGAGCGCAUGUGAUCUACAAGAUCACACUUCUUCCUCAUACCUCAAUGAGCUAACCCGCCAUAGGCAACUCUUGAUGGAGUAAGUAGAAGCAAUCAGAUCAACAUAAUCCCUAAUAACAGUGCCCUCUACAGAAAAACCAAAAAGAACUGUUUUUUUAUUUUCUCUGUUUUUUAGAUUUUUCUUUUCUUGACUGAGUUUUUGCUUGUUUAUUCUCCAUUGGUAGCUUUUUUUUUUUUAUUACUUUUCCAACCAAACUGUGAAUAUCUUCAACAUGUGUUGUCUUUCUCUUGUUCUACUAAACUUUGUUAGUCUCA